AUGGUUAAAGGUAAGGAGGAGGUUGCAGUGAUUGGUGCUGGUUUAGUUGGUUGUUUAGCUGCCAUUGGGCUGUCGAAAAAGGGCUAUAAUGUAUCGUUGUUCGACUAUCGUUCUGAUCCACGGCUGGUGCCCAAGUGCGAUAGAAACCUGAGGUCUAUCAAUCUCGCUAUUUCUGCUCGUGGCAUAACAGCUCUCCAAUAUGUCGAUUACGAAAUGAGCCAACGUUUACUAAGUGAUAUAAUUCCCAUAUGUGGACGGAUGGUUCAUGACUUGAAGGGGAAUCUCGACUCGCAGCUAUACGGUCUUUUCGGUGAAUCUAUUAAUUCUAUUGAUAGGGAUAUUUUGAACAACAAACUCCUCGAUGAAGUCGAUGGGGUUGACGAAAUUAAGCUGUAUUUUGGUUACAAGUUGACAAAUCUCAGAUUUAGUGAUGUAAAGCAGACUGCUGUUUUCACUAUGGAUGGAGGAAAGCUGCAGAAGUCAUUAGAAUUUGAUUUUAUAGUUGGAUGUGAUGGUGCGUAUUCCAAAACACGCUAUGAGCUGCAACGUGAAAUAAGAAUGGAUUUUUCACAAGAGUAUAUUGAUUGCUGCUACUUGGAGUUAUCUAUCCCAGCUACUAAGGAUUUUGUCAGCAGGUUCAACGGCCAUUUCGCAAUAUCUCCCGACUAUCUACACAUAUGGCCGCGCCAUAAUUAUAUGUUGAUGGGCUUGCCUAACAAGGACGGUUCAUUUACAUGCACAUUUUUUGGUCCUUGGUCGUUGGUAGAAAGUUUUAAGUCUACUGACGAAAUUAAAAACUUCCUGUGUCACAACUUCCCCGAUGUAAUAGACCUCAUCGGUUUGGAAAAUGCAGUAUAUGCAUUUGAACAUAAAGAUAGGGGCGCAUUGAUGUGCGUUCAGUGCUCUCCACAACAUUUGGACGGUGGUAGAUGCAUCAUUUUAGGUGAUGCUUCCCAUUCAAUGGUUCCAUUCUAUGGUCAAGGUAUGAACUGUGGGUUUGAGGAUGUUCGAGUGUUGAUGCAAUUGUUAGAUAAAAAUAACUUAGAUAGGAACGCUGCAUUUCAAGAAUACACAUCUUCAAGACAAAAGGAUCUACUGGCAAUCGUCCAGCUGGCCAAGAGUAACUACAAGGAUAUGUCACAUGGUGUUAUCUCAAAGCUGCAUCUGUUUAAAAGGAAGCUGGAUCGAAUAUUCGGUAGAAUUUUAGGGAAUAGGUGGGUCCCUAUAUAUACAAUGGUAUCAUUUAGAGCUGAUAUCCCUUACCACGUUGCUCUACAAGUUGGGAAGAAGCAUAAUAUGAUCUUAAACUUUACUCAGGCAUUGUUAGCUGGUACUGCCUUUUGGGGAGCACUUAAAGUUCUAAAAACAUUUGGACCAAAUGCACAGAAAUUAUUAACUUGA